GCACAGUAGCGGCAAAUGAAGCCCUAUGCUAGCUAUUGCGCGACAUUGGGACCGAUUUAGAGGACGAACAACUCAGACCUCUCCCUCUCUCAUCGGCGGUGAGAGAAAGUCUCGGUAACACCAAAGCAGAGCGACUAUAUCCACCAACCUCCCUCCCUUUAUUCAACUUUCAACACCUCGAAAUCUAAGCUUCUGAGCUCAACAACCCUAGCACCUCUCUCUCUGUUCUCUGUCUGUAUACAUAUUUAUGGGAUAAUUGCAGAGGAUAUCACAUUGAAGAUAAACAUAAGGUAGAGAGCAUAUGAGGAAAUAAUGAGAAAUGGGUGUUUUUGGAUAAUAUUUUUCUGGGACUCGUGCACACUUUAGGUGUAUGGAGUUCAUUACAACAACACCAGAACUACGUUCUUAGCAUGAGUAUGGAAGUAUCUACAACACGAGAAAGCAGUGAGGCCGAAAAAAUCUCAAGCCCUAAACGAACUAUGUCAGAACUAAAUAAUGAAUUUAGUUGGAGAAGUGUAUGCAGUGAACCGCUGGAACAAAAAGUUGAUAUUGCCAAUGAAAAUGUGCCAAAUGGACCUGCAAAAACUGCGACUACAGAAUUCAAUUGUGUUGGUAUUGAACAAUUGAGACCAGUUCCUGAAGAACUGACUACAAAUUCAAGCCGUGAACAAUUAAAAUCAGCAGCAGAAGAUGCCACCAUGGAUUCUAAUCUUGGACAGUUUGAAUUACUACCUAAAGAUGCUAUUGGGGGAAUUCCAACCCCUAAACAAACUACAUCAGAACUAAUUCCUGAAUUUGGUUCUGAAAGUCUACAAAGUGAAUCAGUAGAACAGAAACAGGUGAUUGGCUCUGAAGAUUUUCAAAAUAGACAAGCAGAAACCAGGAUGGCAGACUCCGACUGUAUGGAUGUUGAACAAUCAGGACUGCCUCCCGAACAUGUGACCGGAAGUUCCAUGCAACCAGAUGUUGAACAAUCGGGAAUGCCUUCUGAACAUGCCACUGGAAAUUCCAGCUGUGAACAAUUGAGAUCACCACCACAAGAUGCGGCCAUGAAGUCUUGUCUUGAGCAAUUGGGGUCCCCUGAAGAUGCAGCAAUGAAUUCUAAUCUGGAACGAUUGGGACAUCCACCUGAUAGUGCGUCCCAAAAUCCUUGCCUUGAACAAAUAGGAUCAUCACUGCCUGAUGCAGACAAGAAUCCCUGUGAGUUGGAGCAUAGGGAUAAACGAACUUCUGCAAAAUCAAGAAAAGGAAAAUAUGCAGUCAGUCCUUCAGUAGGGUGUAACAGGGUUUUGCGCUCGAGGUCACAAGAGAAGCCCAAAGCUCAGGAGCCUGUUAAUACUUUGGCAGAACAUGGUGCUAAUGAAGAAACGAAAAAGAAGAAGAAGAAGAAGAAGAAGAAGAGACAAGAAAAGAGAACUACAGUAAAUGAGUUCAAAAGAAUCCGGAAUCACCUAAGAUACUUGCUAUGUAGAAUGAGCUAUGAGCAAAACUUGAUUGUUGUUUAUUCUGGUGAAGGCUGGAAAGGACAAAGCCUAGAAAAGGUUAAACCUGAGAAGGAGCUUGAACGUGCCAAGUCUGAUAUUUUCCGCCUCAAAUUAAAGAUAAGAGAUCUAUUUCAACGUCUUGAUCAGUCAUUUGCUGAGGGAAGGCUUCCAAAAUCUUUAUUUGAUUCUGAAGGAGAGAUCGACAGUGAGGAUAUAUUCUGUGCGAAAUGUGGGUCUAAAGAGACGUCAGUUGACAAUGAUAUCAUACUAUGUGAUGGUGCUUGUGAACGGGGGUUUCACCAGUUUUGUCUGGAACCACCGUUGUUAAAAGAAGACAUUCCUCCUGAUGACGAGGGCUGGCUUUGCCCUGGAUGUGAUUGCAAAGUUGACUGCAUUGACUUGCUGAAUGAAUCUCAAGGAACGGAUCUUUCAAUUACCGAUGGCCCGGAGAAGGUUUAUCCCGAGGCAGCAGCUGGAAAUAAGCUGGACGAUGCUUCUGGAUUUCCAUCAGAUGAUUCUCAGGAUGAUGACUAUGAUCCUGAUGGUGCAGAAGUGGAUGAGAAUGUUCAAGGAGAUGAAUCAAGUUCUGAAGGAUCUGAAUUCUAUUCCGCAUCUGAUGAUUUUAGGGCUUCACCUGAUAAUGGGAAGUAUUUGGGACUUCCUUCAGAUGAUUCAGAGGAUGAUGAUUAUGAUCCUAGUGCUCCAGAUCUUGAUGAGCAGGUUAAGCACGAAAGUUCAAGUUCUGAUUUUACAUCUGACACUGAGGAUUUUAGUGAUGCAGUUGAGGAGAACAGAUCAUCAUUGGACCAACUUAGGUCCAGUGGAGGCUCGGAUGUAGAAAGAUCUAAGCUGGAGGGGACAAAAGAACAUCCUUUAAAUGAUGAGCUGUUUUCGCUGUUAGAAUCGAAUCCUGGCCAAAAUGAUUCGGCAACUAUAUCAAGAAAGAGGCAUGUAGAAAGGUUGGACUACAAAAAGCUGCAUGAUGAGACAUAUGGACACGUUUCUUCUGAUUCAAGUGAUGAAGAUUGGAUGGAUACUGCUUCACCAAAGAAAGUGAAGAAUAAUUCUGGGGAUGUUGCUUUGGUGUCACUCAAUGGAAAGACUCCGCUUGUCAAGAACAGCGCUGAAGGUACAAAGUACAACCAGGAAGAGAGUGAACAUACUCCUAAGAGAAGAGCUUCUAAGAGGUUAAGUGUUGAAGGCAGUAAUAAUUCACCAGCAACAUCAAAUAGAGGUUCUUCUCAACCUGGUUCUGGUGGUAAAAGUUCUUCAAGAUCAUAUAAGAAACUUGGAGACACUGCCUCUCAGAUACUCAUCAAUUCUUUUAAGGAAAAUCAAUACCCUGAACGUGCAAUGAAAGAAAAUCUGGCAAAAGAAUCAGGAUUGACAUUGAAACAGGUCAGCAAAUGGUUUGAAAAUGCUCGUUGGAGUUUCCGGCAUCCAUCACAGAUGGAUUCAAGUACAGUUAAAAGUACCCCAAACAAGGGCUCUCCCUCACCUAAAAAAGGUACAGUUAAAAGUCCUAGUGCGAUAAGGGUCAGUAAUGGAGACGCAAGGGAGGUGAUUAAAGAAAGCAGCAUUCAGAAAUCUACUACCCCUAGAGGUAGAAAGAAAAAAGCAAAACUAGAUCAUCAAGCAAUUGAUCAUAUGAGUAUCGAGGAGACAUCAGAGCAAGCAAAGGCUCGGGAAGCAGGGAAAAGUAGCCGAGAGGUGAUUAAAGAAAGCAGCAUUCAGAAAUCUACUACCCCUAGAACUAGAAGUAGAAAAGCUAAAUUAGAUAAUCAAGUAAUUGAUCAGGCCAGUAUUGAGGAGACACCAGGGCAGAGUGUACCAGUAGGUUCAUCAAAAGCUCAGGGAGUGGGGCAAAGUAACCGAACUAAGGGUAGGAAGAGGAAAUCCGUUUCUUGACCAUACGAAUUUGGACAAUCAUGGUCGGGAACAAAUUUGACCAUUUGCCACUUGGAAUAGCAAUUCAAGUUGUUUGCAAAGGUUUUUCCAUCUAUCAUAGGUAAUCCUGACAACUCCUGCAACUCCGGUUCUAUGAAUUAGCAAUUAUUUUCUUCUUUCAGGUUCACUACUUUUGGUCUCCUUUCUCUGUGCCUCGUAUCGAUUCUUCAUAUUUGUAGUUCACAGUUCACACGAGCUAGCCUGCCAUGCUUUCUAAGAACUUACUGCUCAGGCUCAAAGAUUUUUGGUUUCAACCAGCAUGGUUGUGUGCCGCUAUAUAUUGACAUUGUCAUUAUAUGAACCUGGAUACUGUUGUCAUCAUUCUGUUGUGAACCUGCAGGCAACCUACUUAUGUGGGCAAUGCAUUUGCUUGAGAAAUGUUCUCCAGAAGCCGAAAGAAUGCAGAACUUGGCCCUCCACCCCAACCAAUUUUGUAGUGCUUUAUUUCGGUUUGCUCGACUGGGUGGACGAUCAUUAAAGUUGUCAAGAUGCAAAAAGGAUGAGAUAAUUUGUUGAAAUUGUACUUUUAUCAUGACCUAAUCUGUUGUAAGAAAAAAUCUAAUUGUCUAAAGACGCAGUAGGCUUUCAAAUCCUAUGAGAAAUCAAGUAUUAGACCCUCAUUUUCCAUUUUCAAAUAAAUGAAUGAAUUCUUAUGGUUUAAA